AUGGGAGAAUUCAAAACAGAAAACAAGCAGGAAGUUCUGGCGCUGGUUUCAAAUCAACAUCAGGCCGAUCCCGCCCCCGAGCAGACACUAUCAAGCGAGGAGACCCUCAAACAGGCAAAGAAAUUCCUUCACGAUGCUCAGGUCCGGAAUACACCGCCAGAGCGCCGAGCCGAGUUUCUCAAGAGCAAAGGCUUGUCAGAGAGCGACAUUGAAGGGCUAUUAAAGGAGGUUACACAAGAUGGGCGGCCAGAGUCGCAAGUCUCGAAUGAGACGAAGGAGGAGAGGAUAGAAUUCCCGUCAGCGAGAAAAGAAGACCGACCGCCGAUCGUCACAUAUCCCGAGUUCCUGGCCAAGCCCCCGCGGUCGCCACCACUAGUCACCGUCAACGGCUUCCUCAACACGCUCUACGCCUUCGCCGGCCUAUCCACGCUCGUCUACGGGACAAGCAGAUACGUCGUCAAGCCCAUGGUCAACACGCUCACCGAAGCGCGCGUCUCGCUCCACGACACGGCCAAGCAGGACCUCGCAAAGCUCGUCUCCAAACUCGAAACUACCGUCUCCGAACUCCCACCUCCGAAACCUAAAGACCUCAGAAACCUCUCUGCGGACGUCGAAAGGGACGAGUCCGACGCAGUUAGCAGCUACGACGACCCGACCGAGCUCUUCCACCGCGACAUCGGCGUGCAGACAUCGCUUCCUUCCUCCCCGUCCUCCCCAUCCUCCCCGCAAUCCCAACAACAACAACAGCAAAAAGAAAACCCAACCACGCACCAGACCACCCGGCUUGCGUCUUUGGUCUCCUCGCUCAGGUCUCUCCACGAAGGGCUCGUCGACCAGGCCGAGUCGCUGGGCGACGUGCAGACGGUGGCGGACCUGCUGCGGCAGGACCUGGACAAGCUCAGCGCGGCGUCGGCGGCGACGGAUUUUGUCGGCGGGUUCUCGCUGUACGGCGCGGCGGGCAAAAACGAGCCGGAUGACGAGAUCAAGCGGGCAAAGGAGAAUAUCAGGCGGGUCAAGGGCGUGUUGUUGAGCACGAGGAGUUUCCCUGGGGCGAGGUAA